UCCUGGGGCUCACAGCAGAUUCGGGCCCCCAAAACCUGUCUGACCAGUCGUAAGGGAGGAAGGCGCAUGGGGCGGGGCGUCUGCGAUGCCAGAGGCAGUGCCCCCAGCCCAAAACGGCAGAGCUGCUGGGGCUGUGGAUGUGGCAGAGGACUCGAGGACAGAUGGGGAGAGGUACCCGGAUGCUCUACCUGGCCAUGGGGUUCGGUGGACGGUCCCUGCUCCUGUCUCCACUGUGGCUGCUGCUGACCUGGGUCCAGCCCGGGACUGGUGUGGAGCACAUCAGCUACGUGCCCCAGCUUUCCAGCGCCGCCCUGGCAGGGAAGCUCACCCAGUCCACCUUUACACUGGAGCAGCCACAGGGCCAGUUCAACCGCAGCAGCAUCUCUGACUCUGACUGCAUCUGGCUGGUGGUAGCCUACAGCAAAGCCAUCCAGAACUUUGUUGCCCCACCGACGACACAGGACAUUCUUGUCCCUGCCACUUUGACCCAGAAAGGCUACUACUUCACACUGCCCACCAACCGGCUGCAUUACCGCAGCGGCUCUGCCGGCAGCCAGCUCCGUGUCCUCCGCGUUGGCCAUGAUACCCACUGUUUCCCCAUGAGAAGGGGCUGCAACCCUCCCCUGCCAGGCUCAGGACCCUACAGGGUGAAGUUUCUGGUGAUGAAUGACCAUGGACCCGUAGCAGAAACAGAGUGGUCCAACGAGACCCGCCUGCUGCAAGGCCCAUCAUGCCCCAGCCAAGGCGUUCGAGGCUGUCCAGGGAUUCCAGAGCGCGGGCACCGUGGUCAUCAUUGCCAUCCUGUCCGUCCUGCUGGCCAUCUUCCUGGCGGCCCUUCUCGUCCUGCUCUCGUCCACCUGCUUUGAUAGCUGCAGGAGCGCUCAAAUUUCCAGCCCAAGGAACCAGGAGAGUUCGAGAAGAUACAACACCCACCACAUGGGCAGCCCUGAGCCCAAGGGGGGCUUCUGAGCAGCUCCUGAGCUCCCUGUUGGUGACCUCUCAGGCUGCGCCCUGAAACUUCCAGAGACCUGGGAGAGAUGCACCAAGGACAGAGAGGAUUCCCUCGGCCCCAGUGCUAUGGGAAAUAAAUGUCCCCUGCUUGUCUGUGA